GGCCGUCAUCUUUCCUCUUGACAACAUGAAGAAAGCUGGGCUUUUCCUCACUCUCAUAUGCUGCAGUAUAUUAAUUGUAUAUGCAGUAGACGCAACAAGUGUUUCCUUCUCUGAAUCAUAUACACAGGGUAACGGUGAAGCGUCCGGUUCCGCUUCAGCUUCAGGUUCUGGUGAAACUACUGCUGCCAAUUCUGAAGCUAUAUCCGUCGGUAAGGGAACAAGCAGCUCCACAGACAUAGCGCAGACAAGCCAAGAUACCUCAAGUAGCUACUCAAGCUCAUUGACAAGUGGAAACGGAGCUUCAUUAGGCUCAGCAGCGGGUGUAAACCCAGAGAACAGCCUUCUCACCGCUUCAUCUUCAGAAGCACUCUCUGCUAACAACGGAAAAGCAUCCUCUCAAGCUAGUUCGAAAAGUGGCAGUCAAAAUAUAUACGGUUCAAAUUAUCAGUCAUCUCAAAUAGACACGAAUAGCCAAAGUACACUGUUUGGUUCGAGCCAGUCCCAAGCUGAGUCACUCACUGCAAAUACAGGAGAGUUUGGUUUGUCAAUUACUGCCGGUAACGCCAAUGCACAACAGUACGUUGCAGGUUAUAACUAUCCAUACUUUGGAACAACUGGAAUCAAUUCGGAGGUUGCCGCAGGAAGUCCAGGGUAUGGCUUCAUAGUGGGCUACGGUUAUUCGGACAGCAACGCAAACUGUCCUGAAGACUACAACGGAAAUAUCUGCUCUAAUUCUGAAGUUGAGUCUAUAAGCUCCGCAUAUAAUGGUGGGAUAUCCAACUCCCAAGCACAAUCAUACUAUUUCCAAUAGAACAAAAAUAAACAUUGUACAUGUGCC